UUGAGUAUUUGGUUUCGCUCUGAACUGGACUGGAAACCAGCAUUAGCAUCAGCAAACAAAUCGCACAUCGAACAUCAACAAGCUUUUAUAACCCAUUUUUUUUCCUCCCCACAUCACAACUGCCGGCACAAAUGCAAAGAUGAAGCUCAACUCUGCCUUCUGCGUAACUGUUUUUACCAUCUCGGUAGCCCGUGCCAUCCCAGUGUCCAUGCCCGCAUUGACGGCAAGGGGGGACGCCGGGGUCGGAGCUGGGGCCGGAGCGGGAGCCACGACCGGGGAACUCAAACCUGCAGGACCUGAAGGCAAGUGUGGUGCGGGCUUUACCUGCAAGGGGUUUGCAAAGGGCACCUGCUGCAGUCAGUUUGGCUUUUGCGGAAGCUCGGAAGCACACUGCGGCACGGGUUGCAACCCGAAAUUUGGGACAUGUGGUACUUCAAGUGGGGGUGCCAACCCGUCAGCCGACGGCAAGGAGACGACGCCAACCACUCCCCCGGCAGCCGGUACUGCCCCAUCGACCCCGCCAACCACCAGCGACCCCAGCACAGCCACGAAGGAUAAGCCAGUCGACGGCAGCAGCCCUCCAGCCACUCCUGAGCCUGCCACUCCAAAGCCCGAUGGUGCUGGGACAGGGGCCGCUGGGACGGCGAACCCCGCCCCCGGAGCGGCUGGCUCUGAGCCAGCCCGGAGCCCCGGGACGACGCCUCCCGCACCUCCUCCCACUGUGGAGCCUCCGACGAAACAAAACAACGGCACUGCCACUGCGGGUGCGGCCCAGCCGGGUCCACCCGCCACCUCUACCAUCACCACCACCACCACCACCACCAACCCAGCCCCCGUCGCCCCCGUCGCCCCCGCCGCCCCUGCUGCUAACGGUACCCUGCCAUCGGCGGCAUCUACCGCUGGCCAGGGCAGUCUAGAUUCUGGCAAAGCUGCCCCCGCCGACCCUGUCACGACCGCGGGUUUGCCGACGGAUGGGAAACAAAACUAG